AAAUUAAGCAUGAAUGCGGCAUUCUUGCAUUUUGCGGAAGCUAGCAGCUACUCCACAUAGCCGACAAUCUGAGGCCACCCGCUUCCCGGCCACGUUUUAUUCAUCGGGUUGUUUUGGGCAAGCUUAUGAACGAGCGCGUCUCUGUGUCACGACAUACAGCUCAAUAGUUGUUUUGAGUGCACAUUCGUUUGUGCAUGCUGUGAAAGUGGUUAUAAACCUAAAUUUCCCGGUUGAACCAUUGUCACCUCCGGAAGGAGAUGGAUCGGAAGCUUUGUAACUAGCACAUCGGCUAACCACAUAGCAAAAAUGUCACCGUAGUUAGCUUGUAGUUUAGUUAGUGGUACCAGGUCCACUGACUGUGCUUAUGAGGACUGCCCAUAUGUCUGUUAAUUAUACAUCGUAAUUAUUGCUAAAUUUAAAUGUAUUCAGUUUGAAGACUUUUAAUUUCGUAUUGCGAUAAUGCCGUAACUAGUUAGCUAUGUUGCAAGCCACGACAGCUACCGAGCCAUUGUUGGUUAGAGCAGUAGAUCGUUAGCUAGCUAGUAACAUUACCGAAAAUGAGCAAUUUCCAUGAAAUGAUAUACAAAUAUAAACAUCUAUAAUCCAGUACAUUGUGUCGUAUAUAAUAUCUCACUGUAUAAAAAGAUAGACCACUGAAUGGUUAACUAGCUUGCAUGAACGUCUAAUAUUGCUAGCCAGUCUAGCUUACAAUGUUGCAGUGUAGUAGGCCGAAGUCGAAGAUCUCGUCCGGCUAGCGCGCUAACCACCAUUUCGCUUUCGCGACUUGUGUGUAGCCAAGUUCCCAAGUUCAACUAGAGUCAAUUUUGUCUUCGUAAUUGGUGAGAUUUCGGUGUUGCUAUUCAGACUGGCAAUCUAGCUAGAAAACCUAGCGAAACACUGUUUGUAUUUAUGUUCAACAAAACAACAUAAGCGCAAGUUCGUUGCUGUCUGCAGUGGUACGAGAGUGGACAUCUGGUCUCGGUAAUCGGGCCUUCUGCGCUAUCCAGACCAAACGUCGAGACCCCAAGGCCAGGUUACCUCAGUUACACUGUCGCGAUUAAAAACAAGGGCCAGUGCUGCUGUAUAUGACCUUCAAACGCAUCCAGAAGAGGGUUGUGUUAACCUGCACAAAACUAAGAACCCAGAUCUCUCCUAUAUAAGAAAUAGGUGUACCCGGACCCAGGCGCGAUGGACAAGAGCAACACGGUGAAGCUCUUUGUAGGGAACCUGGCGCAGGACACGUCGCAGGAGGAGCUGUCGGCCAUCUUCGAGCCGUACGGCGCGGUGGUGAGCUGCAGCGUGCUGCGGCAGUUCGCCUUCGUCCACCUGCAGGGCGAGGGGGCGGCGGCCCGCGCCAUCAAGGAGCUCAACGGCCGCGAGUUCCGCGGCCGCAACCUGGUGGUGGAGGAGUCGCGCGGGCGGCCGCUCCACUCCACCAAGGUGUUUGUGGGAAACCUCAGCGCCAUGUGCACCGCUGAGGACCUCCAGGAGCUCUUCCAGACUUUCGGCAAAGUGCUGGAGUGCGACAAGGUGAAAGCCAGGCUCUCCUCCGCCGCGGGCUACGCUUUCGUGCACAUGGAGAACAAGGAGGACGCGCUGCAGGCCAUCGAGGCCCUCCACGGCACCUCCUUCAAGGGGCGCCCGCUCUCCGUGGAGCUGUCCAAGGUGCAGCCCAGCAAGCAGUCCUCCAGCAAGAGCUCGUGCGGCACCUGCGGGAAGCAGGGCCACCACUCGGGGGAGUGCCCGCGCAGCAAGCCCACGCUGGAGCAGUACCAGAGCCAGGCGGCCGUGCUGGCGGCAGCCGCCGCCGCCGCCGCGGGGCUCCCCCUGCAGGUGCAGCAGAGCGUGCACAACUCCGUCUACAACACCUCCACCUUCGACCCCACCUACGCCGCCCUGACGGGGCUCAGCGCCGCCAACGGGGGCGAGGGCACCCCCGUCAGCCCAGCCGUCUACGGGGCCCUCGCCAGCCAGGUGUACGGCACGGUGGCCAACCAGCUGUACGGCACGGUGGCCAACCAGGCGCUGACGUCCGGCGCCACCCAGGUGUACAGCUCCCUGACGGCGCCCAUGUACAACACGCAGGUGUACGCGCCGGCGGUGGCCAGCCCCGUGUACCUGAGCACCCCGGCCGGACAGGCCGCCGCCGCCGCCGCCGCCAACCCGGUGACGAGCGUGGCGCCCGCCCUGCACGUGGCCAGCCCGGCCUACGGCACCGACCCCACGGCCCAGGCCAUCUUCGAGGCGGCGCGGGCGCACUACUUUGCGCAGGGCCAGCGCGUCCUGGCCGAGCAGAAGGCGGUGACCAAGUCGGAAAGGGACCGCAGCCCGCUCCGGCGCUCCGGCCCCCUGCUGCCCGACCCCAUCCCCAAGCCCCUCCUCCCACAGCGGCCCAAACGCAGGGCCCUCCUCCCGACCCCGCCUCCCCGGGCCGACGAGACUCCAACAGCCGAGGAGGACGCCACUGCAAGGUGCUAUGCUGAAUACUACCAGCAGUACCAGCAGUACCAGCAGUAUCAGCAGUACCAGCAGUACCAGCAAUACCAGUAUGCCUACCCAUCAGCCCCUGGGAUGCCCACGAUGGCUGCCCACUCAGCGGAGGCCCUCCCCACAGCAUACGAGCCACCUCUCCCACCUUAGCCCACAAAGUACUCUCACCCCCCCCCUCCCCCCACCUCCUCAUCCACCGCCCCCACCCCCUCCCCCCCCUCCCCCUCCCAGUUCCCACCCCCUCUGCAGGUUCGGACCUGAGGGAGUGUGGGUAAAAUCUGUUUUUUCUUUUUUGUUUGGGAGGGGGGGAGGGGUCAUGGGGGGGUGUCUGUAGAUUGCGCCCCGGACUCAGCCCAGAGUCGACUCGCAGUGAGGUGCAGCCAGAACAGUCCGCCACAGGAGAGACGCUCUCGCCCCUCGGGGGCGUACAGGGAUGCCGCAGGGCGGGAAGGAGCCAGGAGGGGGCGCAGCGGAGCCUCAGCACAAAGCCAUAGUCGUCUUAAUUCUUGGGUACAACCAGAUUUCACUAUUUUUUGGGACUGGAGAACUGCAUUUUGCUGUCGACGGCUGGAGACUGGGGCCGGCUGGAUUGGCAGGCUUCAGUCUUGUAGAGCGGGGGUGGCAGGGACCUCACGGGGAGAAUUUCACACGGCAGAGAGAAGCUUUUUGACGUUCGACGAGCGAGCCAGACGACCGUAGGUGUGUACAUAGGACCAAGGACCGGUGCGUGUGCGUGCGUGUGUGUGUGUGUAUGUGUGUGUGUGUGUGUGCGUGCGGGAACGCGUUAAGCGCGACGCGUUUGGCGGCGGAGACGAGGACGGGAGAACUCACGGGGCAACCGUUCGCCCCGGAUCUCUUUGGCGUGGCGUAGCGGAAUGUGACGUUUAAACUGGGGAAUGGCGACAGGCUCCGGGGUCCCGCGAUCCCUACAGCUCCUGCAUCUACCUCUGCUGGCGGCAGAAGGACCACAGACUGACAGAGCGCUGAGACUGAGUCCCCCCCAUCCCCCCGCACUCCUAGUAUACUGCCUGCAGGUUGCAACCUCAGUAAGUUUAUUAUUGUUAAUAUUAUUAAUACUGAAAGGGAAAAGGAUUCACCACGUUUUUUUUUUUAUUUUAGGGACAUUUCAAUUUGAUAAUUUGAAAUCCAUGUUUUAUUUUUUCUGUUAAAAAAAAGAAAAAAAAAAGAACAAGGGGACUCAAACGGCCAACUACAGCCUCUGUAGCUCUGUAGUGUUGUGCUAUGGUAGUUCUGCUGUAGAGGAUUUGCGAAUCCUGCUGGUUUUUAUUUUUUGUUAAAUAUUUUGAAAUGUUUGAUGUGUUUUCCUAGUUGGGUUCUUCUUGGUAAGAAAUCAUAAGCUCACAAUUUAUGGGUAUAACACAUUAUUCCUGAAUGACCAAUAGUUGCAGGUAUUCCUCCAUUUAUGAACACUUAAAAUGAAUGAAUUUUUGCUACAACAUUGGGAAAUUAGGAAUGGUUUUCUGCAUUGUGGAAUUCACUUUCAAGGACUACUUUGCUUGGAGCCAGAAGCUGGAGGUUUUAUAAUGGUGCCAUGAAGGUGAAUUGGUACAGGCUCUUAAAAAUUGCUAUCACAAUAUCAAGUCAACUCUUUAUACCUAGAUUACACACUUAACAUUCAGAAAGCCCUCAAUUUGUGAAAGGUCAUGGCAUUUACAUAGCCACAGUAUCUCACCAUUUUGCAUUCGGUUAAGUGUAAUCGGGAAAAGGUUGAGACAAGGAAAUGUUUCUCUCGGAAAUUGGGUUUGCCUGUAGCUCGUGCAUUUCAGCAUCAUUUUUAAAUGUUCAAAAUUUUCCGUGAAUAGCAGUCACGCUGUUUUUCAUUCGAAUAAUCUAAACUUUGCAUAAGCUUCAUUUUGCCAAAAUUAUUAGUCACAGUUUGCUAUAUCUAUUAUUGCUUGCAGUGAAUGUCUCCAGCUAAAGUUGAAAAAUAUCUGUUGUCAAAACAUCCACAUAGCUGACACACACACAUCCUUAAUUGGUUUUGAAAGCACUUGGCCCCGAAGGAGUUUCAAACAUCCCUGUAGCGCACAAAAGAGCCGGCGUGUUGUAGAUGUGUUGUUACCAGUUGCCACUUGCCAUAGCACAGCAGUUGGCCUCGGUGUUUUUUUUCCCCCCAUUUAGUUCAUAAGCUAUUCUGGCUAUCGACUUCUCGAAAUCCUGACGACUUCGGUCUUCUAGCGGGCAGAGGCGGUGGGCUCUGUUGACUGCGUUCUUUUAACCAUUUAUACGUCAGAAAGGUGUGAUGGUUUGAUUUAAGGUGUUGGAGGACUUGGAAGGAUUCCAUUUUAAUAGCUGUGCAUAGCAUGGGAUUAGAGGGGGGCAGGUAUGAAGACCAGGCUGGACCCGGCUCAGAUGAAGUUUGCAGGGCAAGAUUGUUUUGCAGUUGGUAGCGUUAACUUUAUUGCAGUAAUGGACAAACCAUUUACACUUGGCUAUAUGUAAUUAGAUUAGCUUCAGUAUUGCCACAUUUACGGACGGUAAAACUAUGUACACGUUGCCUUGGUACACCCUGGUAAAGGCUCUGUUUGUGAAGAAAUGAUGGUCCUUCAUUAAUAAACACGAAGAACCUUGGAGCACGAACGAUAGCAGCUUCUGUUUUCUUGUCCUUUGUCGCAGUUGCCGCAGUCGGCUCUUCUCUGCUUUAUGACUAGUGACUGCGGUUCUGCUGCUCCUGGCUACAUUCAGGAUGUGAACCACCCAGUUUCUGAAAUGGGUUACUUUUUCUUUGUUUUGUUUUGGACAUAAUACCAGGAACACAAACCCCUUUGUAAAUAGAGGAAUACCUGUAUGUGAUUUGAAUGAAUUAUGAAUGAGGGUAGUGUGGCCCUGUGGUUACACCUGGCCGUUGGUAAGUCGCACCUCGUUAUGAAUUCUCUUGAUGGUGACAACAUGCCGCCCGUGUGCACACACGCACGCACACACACACACACCGCUCACUGCACCUGCCCCCCCCGCUCUGCUCCCUGAUGCUACAGCUGUCUGAAGCCCUCACACUCUGAACUGAAUGGCCAGUACAUGGCUUGUGUUUAUUGUUGAUUUUGGAGCAAAUUUUAUAAAAGGCUUUUUUAAUCUUUUUAUUUCUUUUUAUUUUUCAUGUUUUCUAUGUACCCCCAAUAAAGAAUGUUAUGAUCAGUGCUAUAAA